AUGGUCCUGCUGCUCCUGGUCCUGCUGCUCCCACUGCCCUGCGUCCGGGGCCUGCCCUUCUACAAUGGCUUCUACUACUCCAACAGUCCCCACGGCCGGAACCCGGGCCACCGUGAAGGCCUCUUCAACGGAGUCAAGCUGGUGGUGGAGACGCCCGAGGACACCCUGUUUUCCCACCGAGGGGCCAAUGUGACCCUGCCCUGCAGGUACCACUACGAGCCAGCCCUGGUCUCCCAGAGGCCCGUGCGUAUCAAGUGGUGGAAGCUGUCAGAGAACGGGGCCCCGGAGCGGGACGUGCUGGUGGCCGUAGGGCUGAGGCACCGCUCCUUCGGGGACUACCGAGGCCGCGUGCACCUGCGGCGGGCUGGGGAGCGCGAUGUGUCGCUGGAGAUCCGGGACCUGCGGCUGGAGGACUACGGGCGCUACCGCUGUGAGGUCAUCGACGGGCUGGAGGACGAGAGUGGCCUGGUGGAGCUGGAGCUGCGGGGUGUGGUAUUUCCCUACCAGCCCCCCAAGGGGCGCUACCAACUCAACUUCCAGGAGGCCCAGCAGGCCUGCGAGGCCCAGGACGCCGUGGUGGCCUCCUUCGAGCAGCUGUUCCGGGCCUGGGAGGAGGGCCUGGACUGGUGCAACGCGGGCUGGCUACAGGACGCCUCGGUGCAGUACCCCAUCACGCUGGCCCGCGGGCCCUGCGGUGGCCUGGGCCUGGCGCCCGGUGUGCGCAGCUAUGGCCCACGUCACCGCCACCUGCACCGCUACGACGUGUUCUGUUUCGCGGCUGCCCUCAAGGGGCAGGUGUACUACCUGGAGCACCCCGAGAAACUGACACUCUCAGAGGCGACGGAGGCCUGCAGGGAAGACGGCGCCCGGAUCGCCAAGGUGGGCCAGCUGUUUGCCGCCUGGAAGUUCCGGGGCCUGGACCGCUGCGACGCUGGCUGGCUGGCGGAUGGCAGUGCCCGCUACCCCGUGGCUCACCCCCGUGCCAACUGCGGGCCCCUGGAGCCUGGCAUCCGAAGCUUGGGCUUCCCAGAUCCCCAGAGCCGAAAGUACGGUGUCUAUUGCUACCGUCCUCGCUAG